ACCAAACCUACUUCUCACUCGUACAAAAAAACCUUUGCCAAGGCAGAAGAGCAGGAGAUAGAAAGGAUGAGAUCCUCUUACAAAUUGCACAUAGAGCAAGGGUUGUUGCCUUGGCAAGUGUUACUACAAGAAGUUGUAGGAAACUUGAAGAAUCAACUGCAAAAAUGUCCAACCAAUUCACGGGCAUUAUCAACGAUCUCAAGGCUCUUGGAAAGACUUUUUUCCUAUGUGGAAAUAGUGGAGAAAGUGUUGAAUGGACUACUUGGAUCAAAGUCUUGGGAAGCUAAGGUGACCGAAAUUGAAGAAUCAAAGAAUGUUCAGACACUUGCCUCACUCAACCCUUUCCUUUUCAUCUACCAAGCCUUUCGUAUGUCCUUGCCCUCUUAAAUUAUGUUCUACCUAUGCAUCGCAAUCAUUAACAAUUAAAAAGAGAAUUCAUUCUGGGUAACUAAAAUAGAGCAGAAGAAAAUAUUAAUUUCUGCCACCAGGUCCUGGUGAUGGUCCAUCCAUCCAGCCAAACUCGGCCCAUGUUCACUUAGGCCGCCUCGUGAGGUUGUUUGCCAGACUACAAGCCGAAAAGGGUUUCAGCGAUGCUUCACUGACCAGGGUUUAACCUCCCUCGGCGCUUCAAUUCCAUCCCCGACGGUGACUUGUUGGAUUGGUGUUUGAAGGCAAGAAAAUAAACAAAUAUAUAUAUAUAGGUUUUAAGUUUAGUCAAAGAAAUUAUGAUUGAAAAACAUUAAAAAAAAUUCUUCCCUUCGGCUUUAAAUUAAGAUGUUCCACGUGAACUGGCACAGGUAACCCAUUUUAUUUUUAAAGAUAAAAAGGUGUACGUUCAAUUUUUUCAAACAAAAGCCUCACUAGUUCACCAAUUGUGCGGCUAUAUCUGCGAGUCUCGGGCCACCGUCACGCACUUGUUUCGUUGAGAAUUUGUUUCCACAGACAGAGAUGGGAAGCAACAAACAAACAGGUGAGGAACAAGGCAAUGAUGAGGUCGUAAACGCUUGGGAAAUAAACAAAGAUCGAAUAGCUUGUAUGCAAAAGCAAAUAUCAGAGCCACCCAGAUUGCUGAGCAAAGCAGCUGGUAGGAGCUCAUGCUGCAUCUUCAGGGUUCCGCAGAGCCUAGUCGAAGUCAACGGUCGGUCCUACCAGCCUCGGAUCGUGUCCAUAGGCCCAUUCCACCGCGGCUCCGCUCAGCUCAAGAUGAUUGAGGAGCACAAGUGGCGAUAUCUGGGCUCCUUGCUCAGUCGGAUACAAAGCAAAGGCUUAGGCUUGGAAGACUUACUCAAGGCCGUCCAGCCUCUAGAAAUGAAAGCCAGAGAUUGCUAUUCAGAAGCUAUCCACCUCGAUACAGAUGACUUUAUUGAGAUGAUGGUUCUUGAUGGUUGUUUCAUUAUUGAAUUGUUCCGCAAGGUUGGGAAAUUGGUUAGCUGUCAACCUGACGACCCUUUAUUCUCCAUGGCAUGGAUAUUAGCAUUUUUUUACCGAGAUCUCCUUCGAUUAGAGAAUCAAAUCCCCUACUUCGUUCUUGAAUGUUUGUUCGAUUUAACCCAAAUGCCUGGAGAGGAAUCAGGUCCAUCCUUGUCCAGUAUUGCUCUGGAGUUCUUUAACAAUGCGAUGCUAAGACCUGAUGCAGAUAUUGCCAAGUACCAUGAUCUCAAAGGCAAGCAUUUGCUUGACUUGGUUCGCAUGAGCUACAUUCCAUCAGAUCAAGGGGAACCACACAGGCGUGAGACACCAACCCAUGUCAUCCAUUGUGUUUCCAAGCUCCGCCGGGCUGGGAUCAAGCUAAAUCCAGGGAAGGCAGACAGCUUCCUGGUGGUAAAGUUCAGGGGUGGAGUGAUUGAAAUGCCAACAAUAACAAUCGAUGAUUUCAUGAGCUCUUUCCUGAUGAAUUGUGUGGCGUACGAGCAAUGUCAUGGGAGCUGCUCCAAACACUUCACAACUUAUGCCACUCUAUUGGACUGCCUUGUCAACACCUACAAGGAUGCGGAGUACCUGAUUGAUCGGAACAUCCUGGAGAAUUAUUUUGGAACUGAUGCAGAGGUUGCGCGAUUCAUCAAUAAUCUGGGUAAGGAUAUAGCAUUCGACAUCGAUAUAUGUUAUCUGUCCAGGUUGUUCGAUGAUGUGAACCAGUAUUACAAGAAUAGCUGGCAUGUUCAAUGGGCAAGCUUUAAGUAUACCUACUUCAAGACGCCAUGGUCGUUUCUAUCAGCAUUGGCGGCCUUGAUUCUCCUACUCCUCACCGUGGCCCAAACCUUUUACACCAUUUACUCAACUUACAAGUAAGAUUGCAGAGUGUUUUUAUUUUUUAUUUUUCUCUUGAAGAUGAUUGCACAGCUAUAGCAUCAAAGUUUAAUUGGCUGUAUCCUUUCUAGAUAACAGAAAUGAAAGUCAUUUAUGAUUCUUGAGUUGCCA